AUGUCAGAGAGUCUGGGGUCUUGCUGGUCUGGAAAUGGAUCUGUCAGUGUGUUUGCCUGUUUGCUACAUGUCUGGGAGGAGUGGGCGGGUUGGGGAAACAUGGAGGACUACCUCAGCUUCGUCGAGUAUCUGCUAUGGGUCUUUACCCCCCUCGUCGUCGUCUUCGUCCUGCCCUUCCUCAUCGUCAUCCUCCUUUACCUGUCCAUUCUCUUCCUGCACGUGUACAAACGGAAGAACCAGCUGAGAGAGGCGUAUUCCAACAACCUGUGGGACGGAGCGAGGAAAACCCUGGCGACUCUCUGGGAUGGACACGGUGCCAUAUGGCAUGGUUAUGAAAUACACGGUUUAGAGAAGAUUCCGGAUGAAGGACCCGCUCUGAUAGUCUACUAUCACGGGGCUAUUCCUAUUGACUAUUACUACUUCCUGGCAAGCGUGAUCAUUCAGAAGGGACGGACGUGUCACUCUGUCGCUGAUCAUUUCCUUUUCAAGGUCCCAGGGUUUAAACUGCUGCUGGAGGUGUUUAGUGUGAUCCAUGGACCCCAGGAGGAGUGUGUGAAGGCUUUGAAGAAUGGUCAUCUCCUGGGUAUCUCACCUGGAGGUGUACGGGAAGCCCUCUUCAGCGAUGAGACCUACCCCCUGCUAUGGGGCAAGCGCAAAGGCUUCGCACAAGUUGCCAUUGACUCGAAAGUGCCAAUUAUUCCCAUGUUUACACAAAAUGUCAGGGAGGGGUUCCGCUCUUUGGGAACGCUGAGGUUCUUCCGAUGGGUCUAUGAAAGGUUUCGGCUGCCCAUUGCGCCUAUAUAUGGAGGGUUUCCCGUCAAAUUCCGCACAUACUUAGGUGACCCCAUUCCAUAUGACCCUAAACUGAGCGCAGUAGAAUUGGCCGAAAAGGUGCAGCAGGCGGUUCAAGCCCUUAUCGACAGACACCAGAAAAUCCCUGGCAGUAUUCUCAGGGCGCUGUUAGAGAGGUUCCAGAGGAGCCGGAAAGCCGACUAA